UUCAAGCCCGCCAGGCACCGCGGCGAUAUCUUCAAAGCGGCCGAAUUCCGCCCUGCAGAUUCCAUACGGCGUUCGUCCAGACCCUGAGAAGACGUGACUCAUCGAGAGCUUCCUAAAUGGCCAAUAUUCGAUAUUAAGUUGCAGUUUAGAAGCUUGCAGAUGGGUCAAGGGCUGUGGAGAGUGGCCAGAAACCAGCAGCUACAACAGGAAGGCUAUAGUGAGCAAGGCUACCUCACCAGAGACCAGAGCAGAAGAAUGGCUGUGAGCAACAUUUCUAACACCGGUCAACGCAAGCAAGUCCAAGGAGGCAUUGAUAUCUAUCAUCUUUUGAAAGCAAGGAAAUCCAAAGAACAAGAAGGAUUCAUUAAUUUGGAAAUGUUACCUCCUGAACUGAGCUUUACCAUCUUGUCCUACCUAAAUGCAACUGACCUCUGCUUGGCUUCAUGUGUUUGGCAGGACCUUGCUAAUGAUGAACUUCUCUGGCAAGGGUUGUGCAAAUCCACUUGGGGUCACUGUUCCAUAUACAGUAAGAAUCCACCUCUAGGAUUUUCUUUUAGAAAACUGUAUAUGCAGCUGGAUGAAGGUAGCCUUACCUUUAACGCCAACCCAGAUGAGGGGGUAAACUACUUCAUGUCCAAGGGCAUCCUAGAUGAUUCGCCAAAGGAAAUAGCAAAGUUUAUCUUCUGUACAAGAACGCUAAAUUGGAAAAAACUGAGAAUCUAUCUUGAUGAAAGGAGAGAUGUCUUGGAUGACCUUGUAACACUGCAUAAUUUUCGAAAUCAGUUCUUACCAAAUGCACUGAGAGAAUUCUUUCGUCAUAUCCAUGCCCCUGAAGAGCGUGGAGAGUAUCUUGAAACUCUUAUAACAAAGUUCUCACAUAGGUUCUGUGCUUGCAAUCCUGAUUUAAUGCGAGAACUUGGCCUUAGUCCUGAUGCUGUCUAUGUACUGUGCUAUUCUUUGAUUCUACUUUCCAUUGACCUCACUAGCCCUCAUGUGAAGAAUAAAAUGUCAAAAAGAGAAUUUAUUCGAAAUACCCGUCGUGCUGCUCAAAACAUUAGUGAAGAUUUUGUAGGGCACCUUUAUGACAACAUCUACCUUAUUGGCCAUGUGGCUGCAUAAAAGGCACAAUUGCUAGGACUUCAACUUUUUACUUCAGACUAAAGCUAUCCAAGGACUUACUAGCAGAUGUGGAGUUACAUCCAUGUUGGUCAUUCUAGCCUCUGUAUACAAUCAAGCUUGAGUAUACAACUUCUUUUCCUUUCAUUCUUUCCUUUUUUAGUAAUUUCCCGGGGAAACUAAAUAAUUUUGCAGGACUUUUCCUAAUUUUGCUUAUUAUGUUUUGCACAAAGCCGAGCCAUUAUCUAACCCAGCUGUUAAGAAUGUUAAACUGACAUACAUUAUACUCUGUAAGAUGGUGUAUUUGUGCAUUAGAUUUGCCUGAAAAACUUUAUCCAUUUCCAUUUUUUAAAAAUACAAUGGAUUGUGUACAUAUUUAACUAAAGAGAUUUAUAAUCAUAAUUAUUUUAUUGUAAAGAUUUUAACUAAAAUGUUUCCUUUUCUCUCAAACUGAGUUCUGAAAUUUAUUUGAUUCAAAUCAGAAAAUGUUGUCUGUAAAAGUUGGAUCUGACUUCAGAUAGAAACCAAUACCAGCUUUCCUUCUCUUUGAACUUUGAGAAUAGUGUUUAUUUAUUACUAUAUUGCUAUGCAAACCCAGCAUUUAUUUGUAUAAUAUAAAUUUAUCAUUUGAUUCUUCAUUUUAAAAACUUUCAGGUUAGUCAAGUCUUGGUAAGUCCUUUAAGCCAUUUAGGAUUUUUUUAAAGUGUGUUACAAUUUAAGAUUUACACUUACAAAAACAGAAUAAAAUAGUAUUAGAACUCUGGUAAAUCUUUGAUUGCUUAUAUCUGAGUUCAUUUGUCAAAUGACUAUUUUCCUAAUCUUGAUGAUCUAUGUUCAGAGUCCACUGAAGGGAGUAGUGUAACAGAUAGUAUAUACUCUUCAUUCAUUCAGUACAUCUCUAUUGAGGGCCUUCCACAUGCUACUUACGCCCUUUGCUGGGUACUGGUGCCUGGUUUUCUUCCAAAUCUGACUCUAAGUCAGCAGAGGUUGUUAAUUUUACAACUGUACAGUUAAUACUACAUUUUUUUCAAUGACAAAACCUAAGGUAAUUGAAUAUAUUUUUAAUAUCAGAGGGAUGUUUUAACUACUAGGAAAUAAUUUCUAGAUUCUGAAGCAGAUACCUAAAUAAUUUUCACAUAUGCAUAAUAUUGAAUUUCAUGACAAAAUAAUUAUAAUGUUUUGUUUGUUUUUUGGGACAGAAUCUCACUCUGUAGUUUAAGCUGGCCGUGAACUCACUAUGCAGUCCAGGCUGGCCUUGAAUUUAUGGUGAUCCUCCUGCCUCAGCCUCGCAAGUGCUGGGAUUAUAGGCAUGCACCGCCACACUGGCAAAGUAAUUACAAUUUUUAACCUUCAGACUAAUUUUCCAAAGAUAAAAAAUAGCAAUGACAUUAAUUUAAAGCUGACAGUUAACUUAGUUAAACUCCCAAUUGCAUACUCUUGCUGACCUACAGUUGGUGUCAGCUCCAAUUUCAGUUCAGUUCUUUGACCAGGCUGCUUCCCUUGGAAUCUGUUCUGUUCAUGCACACUCCAGAGACCAGCCAGAAUUUUGGGCAAAGUUAAUGCACAGGAUUUGCAUCUCUCUCACUGGUUCUUUACUCAGGAUUUCCCUCUGCAUGUUUUUGGUAGCUAUCAUUAUGCCAAACUCUAUCCUGUAAUUCAUCAAGUUAAUGAAACCACAGGCUCCACAUGAUGCAAACUAAAAUCUAUAAAAAUGGGAAGCUCAACCGAUGCUAUCCUCUUCUUCCAAGCAUUCUCUCUGUUGGAUCAGCCUGCCAACCCAAAGGUCAUUUUCCACCUCUUUCCACUGGUUGAUUUGUAAAUUUUUUCCAGUUUGUAGUUUUAUCUCUUGGGGAAAUGAUCUGAAAGCUAGAACCUCUCCAACUGAGCACUACUCUCCUUUUUAAGAUUAUUGAAUAGGGAUUUAUCCCUCGUUAUUUUUAAAACUAGAUGAGUAGAAAUGUUUAACAUGUACUAUCAAAAAUCACAAUAAUAAACAUAUUAAUAAUAAUCAUUUAGUAAAUAAGAAUUUAGUAUUUCCCAGUAGUAGUCCCACCAACUUUGGGGGAAAUAUAUUCUUCAUUACUGGAAGAAUUAAUGUACUGUAUGUACUGUCCCAUAUAAUGUAGGAUAUAAGGAUGCCGAUUUUGCCUCUUACAUGCUAGGAGCAUCCCUGAGUCAUUGUGCUGCACAAAUAAUGGCCCCAACAUAUUUCCAGGUGUCUGCUGGAGAGACAGAUCAUCUGAAGUUUGGAAAUAUUUGAUCUUUCAGAUUUCAUAAUUGUAUCUUUCUACAACAUAAAUCUCCUGAUGACACUUCAGCAUUUCCUUUUGCUUUACAGAAUUAUCCUGGUAUAUAAGAUCUUUCCAAACCUAGCCUCAGCUUAUCUUUAAAGCUUCAACAAUAUUCCUCAAGUGGGAUCUGUUCUUUGCCUUUUAUAAGCUUUUUUUUCUGAUAUCCACUUUUUCUUGUUUUGUAUCUAAAUUUCCCUUACUCACCUGAGAUCUACCUCAAAUGUCUUUAUCAAAGCUUUCAGAAUGUAUCAAACAUACCACUCGUGUUCAUUUCUUCUGUCUUUGUAAACUAUGGCACUUUGUACAUAUCUUCUUACAAUAUUUAUAAUUUUAGACAAGUCCAAAUUUUUCAUCAGGUGUGACUUUGUUAAUGUCAGACUGUACCCAGCCUGACAGGUUCUAUUUUAAGGCCUGACCUAGGGAAAUGGCAGAGGGUAUAGAGAGGAGGAAUGAUUUUCAAAAUCCUGAAAAUUGAUAGCACUGAGGAUUUGGCAAAAAGUUUUCUAUUAUGAGCAAUUGGUAGUCCUAUUAUCAAAGGUAGCUACUAAGAGAACAACAGGUGAGUGAAAAACUAGGGAUCCCAAUUUUAGCAUAUUUUGAAUUUCAAGAUAUUAGAGUAUUCAUUUUUUUCUUUUUUAUCAUUUAUUUUUUAGUAUAUGUUUACAAUGCAUAAUGAUUACAUUUAUUGUGGGGGAUUUGAACAACGUGUGUGUAACACAUCUUAAUUCUCUUUUUGUCCCUUCCCUUUCCAUCCCUCCCUGCCCCCUCCAAUUCUCAAUCCCCUAGACUAUUCACUACAGCUGGAGAAUAGGACUAGAGUUAGAACUUCGUGGAGCUGGAUAUGCAAGUUGGUCAUAUUAGUAAAGUAUACUAAGUGAGACAGAAGGAAACAGCUCCUCUAGGGAGAAUGUAGAGUAAGAAGAAACAAUUGGGAACCACAGCAUUUUAGCUUUUAGUAGGGAAAAUGGAGUCAGAAGAGGAUUCACCAAAACUUUAGAAGGACUAGAAAAUAAUGACAUCCCACAAGCUACAGCAGAAAAGUGUUAGGAAGGAUGCCAAGGGCUGGAGGUGUGGCUCUGUGGAACAGCACUUGCCUAGCUGGCAAAAGAUGCUGAGCUUUACAUUAACUGCAGCCCAAGUAAGUUUUUCCCCUCUAUAUUCAUCCUUCUUGAGUCAACUUUUUCCACCCAGGGCUGAGUUCUUUAAGGCUAGAAAAUCACAGUACUGCUAAUGGCUUUUAUAUUCGUCGCUAGACAAAUAUUCAUUCAAUGUGUAAUCUAAGCUCUGUUGAACCCCACAGGAUGCUUAAGCCUGUCUACACCUUCCCCAAUAAGGGCUGUGUUGUUUCUAGCCCAGAAUGUCCCCAACUGUACCUAUAGUGUGCAUUCCUGUAGAAUAACCAAGAAGGGUUUCUAAUACACAAAUCAUAUUUUAAAAGAGAAGAAAGGAAGGAAAGGAGGGAGGGCAAGGGAGGGAAGGAAGAAGAAGGAGAGGGAGGAAGGAAGGAAAGAAGGGAAAAGAGGAAGGGAAAGAGAAAUGGGAACAAGAAUAGGAAGGAAGGAGAAAAGAAUGGAGGGAGGGGAAGGAAAUGAGAAAGAAGGAAAGAAAAGAAAGGGAAGAAAGAAAAGGUGAAGCAAAAAGAAAAUCCUUAAAAACUUAGAGCUUCCUCUAAAUUUGUCAUCGACAGGAUUUUUGUUGAGUACAUUUUGUUGAAACUAACAGCACCUGAUCUUAAUGAGUCAUCUGUGUUUAUCCUUUUAGUCUGUUUUCUCUUCUGGAAAUCUGUUAACUCCUUCCUCAUAUUUAAAAUCCUCAUAUUUUGAAAUAGUAUUUGUCCUCCAAUUCUAUUCCUACUAUGACAACUUUAUCAAGUCUUGUAGGUGGAAGUUUAAUUCUUGUGUCUUCCUCAGAACCUAACAUAGGCCACUGGCCCAGAACAGUUUCUUGAUAAAUUCCAAAAAAUGAAUGAAUUUGAUAGUUCACUCUAACAAAAGAAUUAUUUUGGCUCUUUCUCAGUUUCUAUAUAAGCGUUUAGAAAAGCGGCUUUACUACUACCACCUUUACAACAUACACUCAGAUACUUUAGGUGUCCACAAUUUACAAAUCAGAUUAUAUUAACUUUUAAAAAUAUUAAGACAGGUUCAACCUAUGUAUUAUUCUAGACAUAAAUUCAUCUCUCCAGGACUGCUAAUUUUAACUACCUGGAUGAAUCACUGCUACUUUAAGUUUGUCUACUAUUUUUAACUUAAAGAAUAGGUAGUUGAUCUCGUCACCUGUUGUUUUAAAUUUUAGCAAUAUUAUGAAUAUCAUUGAUUAUAGUGUUCAGUGGCAGUAGGCUUAUUCAGAAAUCCUCAUGUUUAAAAUAUUCAUUCUAAUUAAAAUAUUUUUCAAUGCCUAAGAGAAAUUUUUCUUAAAUAUCACUAUUAAUACAACUUCCCACUAUUAACACAGCUGCAUGCUCUUUCCAAGUAUUCAUAAGUGAAUAUAUUCCAGAAUACCAUCAUAAGGGAAUAAUCUGAUACAAGAAAAGGCAGUAUGCACACCUUUUAUCACAUCAUUAAAACAAAAAAAGAUGGAAACACUUGGAAUGCCUAAAACUUAAGGAAAGCUCCAAGAACCAUCACAUACUGUAUUUGUGUAUGUACUCUGUACCAGGCGCUAAACUAGAACUGGUCAGAAAGACCAAAAUAUAUUCUCAUGACCUAUUACUAUGAAGCCAUGAAAUCAAUGAAUAACACUGGAAAAUAUUUCUUUUAGAUACAUAUUAACAGAAAUUACAAACAUGUACAUACAUACGUAUAAUUACCAUAUAAAACGAAGCAAAAACCUAUGAAUGGGAAGGAGAGACUGCAAUAAAACAUACCAAAAUGUUACAAUGUAUUUUUAAAAUACCUGUUUUAAAUCUUUUUAAGAAUAAUAUAUCUUAGAACAAAAUAAAUUUAUUGAACUAUUAAAAAAUAGGAUGACAGUGUUUCUAAUGUACCUGGUACAGACUCCACUCAAAAUGUUUUUAUAUAUUUUUAUUCAAAAUUUGUUAUAUUUUUAAAAGGCAUUUGGUUAAACUGUUAACUUAUAUUUAGACAAAUGUUUUGUUUCCAAGCUUAGAAAAGUAGAUUGUUUUAUUUUAUUUUUGUCUAAUUGAAUUAAAGACCAACAAGAGAAAGAUACCAAAUCUCUACUGAAGAAAUUCUCAUUUGUUUAAAAAAAAAAAAUGAAAGAAAAGCUUUCUCCUUGGAAUGGUUAGACAGGAAGGUUGGAAUUAAUUUAAAAUGAUUAAUGAGAUUUUGUCAGGCUCCUUGACUUUACCACUACUGCAGUUUGUCAGGGGAACAACCUGGGAAGCCUGGACGCCACUCUGUCGCCCAAAACCACUCUCCAGGGAGAAAAUUAACUGGAGGGACUCGUGCCAGGUACACGUCAAUGGCAUUGUCUCUCUGGUAUUGACAGCUUAAAAGUCUAAAUCAGAAAUAUGCAUGUUUGGGGACGCACAUACCUAAGAUAUUGUUUUCAGUCUCUUUGCAAGUAGUUAAUCACUUUCUGAAUAUUUAAGUUGUUGACAUUUUCCAAAGGAAAUUAUUUGAAGACAAAAUCUUUACUAAUGUCCCUCCCUCUUCCCUAAUUUGUCUUAAAAUAAAAAACAAGGAAUUUUAGAAUCUCAAGUUCCUCUUUUUCUUUUUAACUUAAAGUAUUUGAAAAGUAAAAUCAUUUAUCAUUUUUGAAAACUUUUGUUAAAACUAUAAGCAUGACCUAGUUUUGUAGUCAAAUUUUUACUUUAAGUGAUAAGGUUAUAGUCUCUGAUUUAAUAAACCCUUUUUUACUUACUCGUGUAAAUAUUUAAAAAUGACACGAUUAUCUAAAACCAGAUUGCUGAAUAUGGCUUGUUGUUAGGUAGUACUAUAAGUGCAAUACAAAUUUUUUGCCCUAGUAUUGGUAUUUUAUUUGGUAUUAUACAAAUUAUUGUGUUCAGUAUUUGUAUUUAACUUAAAAUUAAUUAAACAAAUGUGCCCACACUAAUUAAACACUGCGUGUGAGUUACCAAUAUGAAAUAAACAUCAAUACUGAAUUACAGUAACAUUGAACAGAUUGUUAUUUGUAUUUAUACCAAUUACCAAUACCGAUAUAAUAUCAAUGCUUAUCAUCUUAUUUAAAAAUCUUUCAAAAAGUUCAGGCAAAAGGAGUUUCUUCUAGUGAGAACGUCACAGAAAGGACUUGAGAAUAUAACAGACAUUGGAAAACUCCUUUUAUAGAAAUUUAGCAUAAUAUACACUUGUCAAUUUUUAGUAACAAAAAAAUGAGCAGAGUGAUUUAUGUUGAACAGUAUUGGAUUGUUAUAUCUUCCGAGUUGUGUAGAUGAUAUACAUUAGUUACCAAGGAGAGAGACCUACCAGAGCAACACCUCUAGUGAAUAUCUACAAGUGUGGCCUAGAAAAGUUUAGCAAGGAUGCUGUUCUUAUUGAGAAGACCGUAAAAGGAGAUGAUUACCAAUACAUCUGUCACCUAUCACAUUGCCCUGCAAUGAGUUUCUUCAAAAUAGAUAUUGUUCUCAAUCCUGAGGCUAUCAAAUACUUUACUGUGUUUUUAAAAUUCUCAAAAUUCAUAUACCCUAUUUUCAAUGUGUAUGUUUUAACAUUAUUGCAAUUUAGUUGUUGCAUUAUGUAUUCUACCCCUAAAAAUGGCCUCCAAAAUCUAAUGUAGGCAAUAGUUGGUCUUGGAACAAGAAGAACACAAUAUUUUCUAGAAUGUUUGUUCAAAAAAGACUAUGCCCACUGUCAGAGAGACAAACACACACACAAGCACCCUUGAGUGGGUCCAGGCUCGAACUGUACUAGGUGAGAUCCAGUGCAAUGUAACAGCUGUCCCAUGAGGGCGCUUAUCACCAUGAUGGAUUUGCAUGGAUUCUGGGACUGGUUGUCAGCCUCAGAAAUUUGCUUGAGAACACAUCUCAAGCAAAUGUAUUUUUGGUGACAUUUAUUUUAAAUACAGAACAUGGGAGUAUUAUAGUGAAAACCUACUGGUCAGAGCCUUCUUUCACUUUACCACCUCACCUACACCGUAAGUUGAUUGGUGACCCUGGAAUCAGAGAAAGGGAGUUAACCUGAAUCAAAUGCUUCAUACUUUGUCAGACUAUAAUAACCAGUGCUUUUCUAAGUAGAAAUAAUUUCACACAUUGAAACUUUGACUGCUAAAAUCACUUUCUUCUAGAUACUACCAACAUUUGCUUCCGUAUUUCUUUUUAUUUUACUCUGUUAAGUAGAACACUGUUUUACUCUUCCCCUCACCAGUUUCUCUUUUCCUUGACUCAGAAUGUUUCUAAUACUUCCACUUAUUAAAUGAACGUAUUACAGUUUUAAUAAUAGCCUAUCACAUUAUACACAAAACCUAGGGUCAUUAGCACGUACUCAAAUUCUGCUAUACAUAGUCAAGGCCACUAGCCUCCAAGUACCUAUAACACGGCCAAAACUUUAGGACACUAUUUUUCAUAUUCUAGUAAAUUUUUAAUUUAAAUAUUCAAAGCAGCAUUUAAAGGUAGUCCUUUUUGUGCAAGGAAAUAAGAUACAAGAAAGAAGAAAACUGUUCCCUGUUUUCAAGGGCGUCGGUGAAUGGAAAGCAAUCAUAAUCACAUCCAGUUCUAUGACACUUCAUGUCAGCAUAGUUCUUUAGAAGUUUAUAGGAAUAAAAUGACAUUUGAAGAAUCACGUAACCAUUUAUAAGGCCAGGAGAGACACUUUCCCACGUACUUUGUGUAUGUUACUAACUUAGGGAAAAGCAGAACAAAAUGUGUUACUUCAAUAUCUGGACAGAUGAUCAAAGUCAUGGAAACAGAAGUACAAGUCAUUGAGUAGUGAAUAAUCUGUUAGAAGUGGAGGGUAAAGUGUUAGCAACAAUUUAGUGAAAGAAAAGCCUGAAAAAUAUAAGUUGCAGAAAGAAGAGGUUGAAAUAGAGUUGGCACUUGAUUUUUGCAGACACUUGGAGGUUUUCAAGAAGAAAUGUAUCAUUCUGAUCUGUUUUCUGAAGAUCUUUCUAAUGCCAUUCUAAAAUAUAAAAUAAAAGUGCAAUAGAACGUAGUAUAAGGUAAUCAAUGAAGAUUUGUAACUGUGUAUUUGUAAUUUUGCAAAUGAAAUGUGAUGGAAAUCUGCACUUAAGCAGUCCAUUGGGGUGGAAGUGACGGAGGAAAGAUUUGAGAGACACUUUUGAAGUAAGCAGUCUUGCCCCACUGCUAGCUGUCAGACAUAAAAAGAAAAGUAUACAAUGACUCCAAAUAGUCUGACGGUGUUGCCUUCCAGCAAAUUCAGCUAAAGGCCGUGUUUGAUGGAGUGGAGAGGAAGUGUCUGUUAAAAUAUAGCGAAGGCACUUAUGUAAGAUACUCAGUAGUUACUUUUUAAGUGUAAUGUGCUGAGAUGGGAGAAGAACGUUAAGGCAAUAUUUUGAGAGUCCUCGGCAUAGAAAUGGUAGAAUUAUGAGAAAAGUUGCAUAUAUUGGCAUAGUUGUGAGCACUUAGCAUAAUGCAUGGCAAAAAAUAGAAUCUAGAUAAAUAUUUGUUGAACAAACUGAUUUUGACAAGAGUUCUCAAACUAAAUGUUCCAAAAUAUCAAAAUACUUUAGUGACAUGCCAUGGAUAUAAAAAGAGACCACUCUGUCUCAAUUUACAGAAUCUUUCACAAUAAAAAUUUAAAACUAAAUAGCCAAAUUACUCUGUUCAGAAAGUUUCCUCUUGCCAUUCCAUGUAUUUGCCAGUGAAUGAGGUGCUGAACUCCUCAAAUAUUCUUGGUGACUACAGAUAAUUAUAAUGUACUGUAUGCUUCAACAAGCUUGAAGAAAGGAUAGUGAAUAUUUUCACCAUAAAUGAUAAAUGUUUGAGGAGAUAGAUAUAUUCAUGCUGACAUAAAUAUUAUACAAUGUACAAAGUUUGAUUGAAAAAUAUGGCAUGUGGUUAAUUUUUUAAAGGUAUUAUGGUAAAAGACACAUUGCCACUAAUCCCCCUCAAAAUACUCCCCCUUGCUUUGAACACACUUAUCCUAUCAAUCUUUCUACUUUCUGAAAAAGUUCUGGAACUCCUCUUCCAAAAAUGUCUUACGGGCCAGGGAUUUAGCUCAGUGGCACAGUGCCUGCCUGGCAAGUACAAGGUCUUGAGUUUGAUCCCCAGUACAAAAAAAAAAAAAAAAAAAGAGAAUGUCUUUACAAGG